AUGUCGAGACGCACAUUGAAAUUGGUGCUAUGGUUGGCUACACUUUUGAGUCUAGCGACUGCAUCACCGCUAUCAAAUCACAUAUCAUUGAUCGAACGAGACAAUCUAACUCCAGAACAACGAGCUGCUGAUGCUGGAACUGGUCUGGUUAGCCAGGGUGGUUUAUCAGUAUGGUUUGGCAUUGGUGGUGCUAUUCGAAAUGCCAUGAGGCAAGGCAAAACAACUUUACCCAUCUUGGAUCCUGUCACUGGGAAGAUGGUGUUUGAUAUCAAGACUAUUGUUAUGUUCUAUAUACCCGUUUUGGUUUUUGUUGUCCUUAUCCUACUCCUUCUCGUCGGAACCGGUUGCGCAGGUUGCUGCUUAUGCUGUUGCUGUCGUCGCAAACUACUCCGCCGAAGAAAAGCAUACACCACCUCAGACCGACUCGUAGCCAUCAUCUUCCUCGUACUACUCUUAGCUUGUGGAGGUGUCGCCAUUCUAGGUGGUUGGAGAGGAUCUGCAUUGAUAUCAACGGGGAUCCAAUUGAUAUUCAGUGUCACAAACACUACUGUUGCUGAUGUGCAGUUGAAGAUUGCAAGUGUUAUACCCGGUGCUAAUAGUAUUUUGGGGGUUGUUUCUACCACCGUUAAUUCUUCCAUCGACGGAGUCGUGACUCAGCUAGGUUUGGAUACCUUAAGUGCCAAUGCUUCGCCUAUAGUCGCAAGCCUCGCAGCGACCCUCAUCGCUAUGCAAGGCUCAAUCGACACCAUGCUCCUCAACGUAACCAAAAUCGGCUGGGACUAUGGAAAUCUCACUUCCAUCCUCGAGCCAGCCUUGAUCGGCGACCUAAACUACUUCAACUCCCAACUACAAACCCUCUCUGGAUCCCAAAAUAACGCUGGUAGCAUCUUCCAACUCCAACAGGCGCUACCAACCAUGGACGUAACUCAAGCCGGUGGUAACUUCUCUGGUGUCUCACCAACACCAUCUGAUUUGAACAAUAUGGUUGCACCCGCCACCACAAUGCCAAACUUGGUUACUAUGGCUCAUAGUAUUACGAGUUUGUUUAAUUCGUUGACUACCACUGCUUCGACUACUAUUUCGCAGUCGACUGGACCAAUCAAGAAUCAGGUUGCCACGUUGUUAAACGGUGCACAGACGACUGUGAAUAGUACUUUUGGACCGAUUUCGGAUCAAGUUAACAGCGACAUAGCGUCAUAUGCUACGGAUAACAUCAACAAGUAUUCGAUUUUGGCUUUGCAGUAUGAUUCAUACCGAAAUUACGGAUACAUGGCUAUCUUCAUUCUCUGUAUCAUUUGGCUCUUCGUUCCUCUAUUAUGUAUCGUUGCAAAGAAACCAAAGGGCACUAAAUGCUGUACUCUCUUUGCCGUUCCAUUUAUUGUGAUCUUAUACCUCUUGGCACUCUUGCACUUUAUCUUUGCCUAUGCUAUGGGUGAAGUCUGCUUCUACGCAUUCGCCCAAAACAUGAGUAUCGCCCAACCUCUCCUCGGAAACUCAACUUACCAAUACAUUGGAUAUGGUUUCCAAGCUCAAGCCAUGUGUUCUCAAGGCUCAAACUUGAUUGAUGUGGCAGUUGCGUUGAAUGUUGUACCUGCUAGCUACGGAAUCAACAGCACAACUGUCAGUCUGCACUACCAAGCCCAGAAUCUGUUGAAUGGGUUGAAUUUGAAUUCUUUAGUUAAUUCUGUGAAUCUGAACUCAACAUUCUCAUUGAGCUCCAGCAACUUGGCAUCCCAACUCGCACCAGUCAACACCUCCCUAACAAAUAUCACCUCCCUUAACACUACCACAUGGAAGAACCAAGCCUCGCGACCAAUUCUUGGAACUGCAUGGCAGACCCUCCUCACCUCCCUAACGACCUUAAACACUGUAGUCACCACCGGUUCUGAUGCUUCACGAGAAACACCUUUCGCAUGGACACCUCCCGCUAGUCCCAACAUUGGCGAUGUGAACUACUGGAUUACUUUGUGGAAUCCAGUGUAUACCAACAUAUCGAAUUACAAUGCUACCAGUCCAACCAUUGCGGCUAUGAAUGCCAAGAUGGCUGAAUCCGUUGUCCUUUUAGACGGAUUGCAAGGAUUUGUUCCUACCCUUCAGGGUGAUAUUGCGACCCUGCUGACUUUGAAUACUCAGCUGACAACUGUUCUGAAUAACUAUUUGGGUAGUGUCCCUACUUUGUUGACUACUGGUAUCACUACUUUGGAAUCAAAUAUUUUGACUGCUGCUGAUCUAAUUCAACUACAAGUCAACAAUUUGACCGAAUGUGCAGUUCUUGCCAAUGACACUCUGGCAUUGGAGCAUACGCUUUGUACUGUUUUUGUUGGAGCAUUCGAUUCUUUAUGGAUGGCCUUCCUAGUCCUCGCCUGUUGUGGUACUGCAUCUUUAGCAGUAUUCGUCGUAGCUGCCAACCGUCUCGCAGACAAGACUGCUCGUGAAGCAGCCAACGAAUCCAUCUACCAAAAGAAAGGCAAGAAAUCUAAAACCGACAAAUGGGAAGACGAUGACGAAGCGCCAGCACCUCAACUCGCUGUCAAAACCAAGGGCAAACGCAACAGUGGUCGCGGCCAACAACAACAAGUACUCCACACCGCCGAAAUGUCGCCAGUCUCCCCAGGAGCUGGCAGUCAUUCAUUUCGAGGGAAGAAGGGUACUAAAGACAGAUCAUCGUCGAAUUCAUCCAAUAAGGUAGAGCCAAUGGGAAUCUCACCAGUCCUUAUUGAUGAGGCUGAACCACAGUCUGUACUGGUCGCUCCUGGAAGUCGAACUAUGAGUGGGCAAGAUCGGGCUGCUUAUAUGGCUGCUAUGCAAGCUAAUGAGACUGAUCCAGCUAUGGAAUCACACUCUGCAUUUCUUGCGGCCAUGGCGCAACGAGCUUACAAUAAUUCGGAUCCCGCGGCAAAUGGGGGUGUGAUGCAAGUUAUUGAUGAGAACGGACUGUAUGUGAAUGAUAAUGGCAUCUACCCGACUAUUUCGAUGGCACCACCAAGCUUCCAAGACCCCAGCCACACACAAGAAACCGACGAAAUGAAACUUGACGCCGCACUAGACAACCUGAUCCACAACAUUGAUGCCCGCAAUCAAUCAAACCGAACAUCACAAGCCGUCCGUCCCUCUGCCACAAUCCGAAACCCCAACCCAAACAACCUCGAACUCGACCUGACUCGUCUGAUAUCUCGAAACUCAUCCACAUCCCCACAAAGUGCAUACUCCAACACAACACCAUCUCCAGAUGGUGAACAUGCACCGUUACUAAAGCCUGGUUAUGUAGCACCACCGUCACUACCAGCCAAUUUCACCAUCCGGGGAUCACCGAAUGAGACGAUACGGGUUGUUGCAAGUUCGCCUGGCAACACUUUGCCUGCGCCUGUUAUGAGGGGCAAUUCUUCAUUGCACCAGGAAAAUGCUGCCGCCUAUUUGGAGGCUAGGAGGACGUCGAGGGCUAGCAAGUCGUCACGACACUAG